CCUGGCUGGAGCGCUGGAGCAGCGGGUAAACAUAUGCAACGAGAGCUGCUGCGGAGGACAGCGACUCUCCCCCCUCUCAGCGAAGGAAAUAGGGAGCCAGAGAGGCUGACACGACCUGGCAAGGUACGACAUCAGGGCUUAAGAUUGCAGCCUGGGCCAAACACAACGUCUCCGAGACAUUUAUGAAGCUUUCAAUGCCUUUUGAUUGAUCAGCCAAUCGAUGGGGAUUUUCAGAGGAGCUCCGCCUGCCAUUGCCACCUGCCCUCCUCCUCCUCCCCCCGCCUGCUGCAGCGUCUCGCUCGCCCCCCACACCGUCAUCCAGCCCUCCAUCCAGCCCUCCAUACAAAAAAUGACUCUGGAACUCACCGAGUGGUCUUCUAUAUGGAAUUUUACCGCUUGUAAUAGACAGUAGAAAGAAACAAAGAGAGGGAAACCUCAAUGACAAAAAAGCCAUAAACACCCUCUCCACACCCACACACGCACAUACACACACACACAAACGCACAGCCACACUCAGCAAAACCAACAAACCAAAUAAAUCUUGACAGUUUUCUCGGCAAGAUCUCACACACCACAACAUAAACACACAACUAUACAAAGUCACUCUUGGAAUGUACUGCUUCUGUGAAAUUUAAACGGCUUCCUUUUAAUUUUUUUUUUAAUUCUCUACAAGCCCUGGGAAAACUGGUUUCCUACUGUGGAUAGAAAAAAAAGAGGAUUAAAUUUUUCUUUUAACUUGUUUAGAGGAGAUCUGAUAGGUGAUUUGGUUUUUUGUCUUCACAACUUUAGAAGAUUUGGAGAUUACAUUUUUAUUUAGCGUUAAUUGCCUUUAGCAGGAAGUUUUAAUUGCAUUACCUCGAAUACUGAAAGACCCUUUCAGCUUUUAAUCUUACUGUAAGUAAGGAUCCAUCAUAUCUAAAUAUCUGGUAUAUUACCUAAAGAGCCAGCCAGUGAAAUCUACUGAUUGCAGAUUGUAGCCUGUAAUGAUUUUGAUGAAGUUACUUCAAGGAAGUCACUACUAGUUGUAAAGUAGUACAAGUGAGAGAUUACUAGAUUUUGGAAGCAGAGAAUUAUUUUUUCUGGCUUUGUGCGUUAGGAUUGCGUGUGCUUCUUUCCCUGUUGCCUGCAUGCCCUCCACCAUGCCUCCCCAGAACACAGAGGCUGAUGCUGUGCAGGUCGGGUCUCUGGCCGGUGGGGUUAAAGCCGGAAAGUCAUCGGCAUCAGGCCCCGAGGAGGACACGGGUGGAACGGGCGGCGAGGCGGAUGGAUUGGGGGCUGGAGGGGGAGGGGGUAAAAGUGGAGGAGAAGAGUCAGCAAGCGAAGGAUCGGUGGAGGGGAUCCCUUUAAAGAAAUGGGUGAUGCACGGCGCCGUGAUGUUUGGCCGGGAGUUCUGCUACGCCAUGGAGACGGCGCUGGUGACGCCUGUGCUGCUGCAAAUAGGUCUUCCAGAGCAGUACUACAGUCUGACGUGGUUCCUCAGUCCGGUUCUCGGCCUCAUCUUCACCCCUCUGAUCGGCUCGGCCAGCGACCGCUGCACGCUGCGCUGGGGCCGGAGGAGGCCGUUCAUCCUGGCUCUCUGCAUAGGAACGCUGAUGGGAGUGGCGCUGUUUCUGAACGGAUCAUUGAUAGGUCUGUCAAUGGGUGAUGAGCAGGGGAGACAACCGAUUGGGAUAGUUCUGACUGUGCUGGGUGUCGUGGUGUUGGACUUUUGUGCGGAUGCAACGGAGGGACCAAUCAGAGCGUAUUUACUAGACGUGGCAGACACGGAGGAACAAGACAUGGCACUCAAUAUCCACGCUGCUUCUGCAGGUCUCGGCGGUGCGGUCGGGUAUGCGCUCGGAGGGUUAGACUGGACGCACACGUUCCUCGGCGUGAUCUUCAAGUCUCAAGAGCAGAUCUUGUUCUUCUUUGCCGCCAUCCUCUUCUCCAUCUCUGUGACGCUCCAUCUCUUCAGCAUUGAGGAGCAGCAAUACUCGCCACAGCACGACAGACUCGACCGGGAGAGUUCAGAUUCCGCACAUCAACAGCCAUCGGCCAACGGCCGGGCUGGACUCCUCGCUCCUAAGCUGGAAAUGAUUGGAGAAGACGAUACGGUGGAGAGCUUUGACUUCUACGAUCCUUACGGAGACGACCGUUCAGAGCGCGGUGACAUGGACUUUCUGGAGGUGGAGCUUGUAAGAAGUAAGAGUGACAGCGUUCUGGCCAUGGCAGACACAGCUCUCGACCACCUGGAUCACGAUGCAAUGUUUUUGUGCCACAUUGAGCCGUCUAUCUUUGCCGAUCGCCUCUCGCCCUACCAAGGCUCGCCCCCUAGGACUUCUUCCGUCUUCAACCCCAAUCACAGCAGCUCCCGCCCGCGCCUCGCCAGCAUCAGGCGCAGCAGCAGCACGGGAAGUGAAGAUUUGCUCCGCCCCCACAACGCCAACCAUCCCACACAAGCUCCCGGCCUGAAGAUUUCCCGCCUCUCAGCUUUCUUACAAGAAAUGGAAAAUGACGAUGGGCAAGAGGCGCUGCUGAACAACCAGCUGAAUGAGCAGCGGACUCUGAACGGACGCCUGCUGGCCAGUGUGACCAACCCUGACGGAGGAAGCAGCCACGGCUUGAGCUCUAAAGGACAGGCACAUCGCGCUGGCAUGGUUAAAGCUGCCAGUACCGGAGCUCCCAUGCGGCAGCCGCGCCACCGCCACACCUUCUACCGCCAGCCGUCCUGCACGUUCUCCUACUACGGCCGGGUGGGAAGCCACCGUUACCGCUACCGCCGAGCCAACGCCGCUUUCCUGAUCAAGCCAUCUCGCAGUAUGAACGACCUGUACGAAGUGGAGGCCCGACACAGGAGGGGGAACAGACAGAGAAACAGACACCGCAGCGGAAACACUAACUCCUCCAGCGGGGACACGGAGAGCGAAGAGGGCGAGGUUGAGACCACGGUGCGGCUGCUGUGGCUCUCCAUGCUGAAGAUGCCUCCAGAGCUGCUGCGACUCUGUGCCUGUCACCUGCUCACCUGGUUCUCCAUCAUUGCAGAGGCCGUGUUCUACACCGAUUUCAUGGGACAAGUCAUCUACGAAGGGGAUCCUACGGCUCCUGUUAACUCAACAUCAUUGGAGAAUUAUCACAGAGGAGUCCAGAUGGGGUGUUGGGGGCUGGUUAUAUACGCCAUGACUGCUGCUACAUGCUCAGCUAUUCUGCAGAAAUAUCUCGACAACUUUGACCUGAGCAUUAAGGUGAUCUACAUUCUGGGGACACUCGGAUUCUCUAUUGGAACUGCUGUCAUGGCCAUCUUUCCUAAUGUGUACGUUGCUAUGGUGAUGAUCAGUAGCAUGGGCAUCAUCUCCAUGAGCAUCUGCUACUGUCCUUAUGCUCUCCUAGGGCAAUAUCAUGAGAUGAAGCAGUACAUCCAGCACAGUCCUGGUAACUCCCGCAGAGGCUUUGGCAUCGACUGUGCCAUCUUAUCCUGUCAGGUGUACAUCAGUCAGAUAUUGGUGGCCUCAGCUCUGGGGGCCGUGGUGGAAGCUGUGGGCUCUGUGCGUGUCAUUCCCAUGGUGGCCUCCGGGGGCUCCCUGCUCGGAUUCUUCACCGCCUGCUUCCUGGUCAUUUACCCAAAUCCACACAGUGGGGAGGGAAACUCAGCCAAAGCUUCAGAGAAACGAGCUUUGACCAAGGUGGAAAACCCCAACAACAGUGAAGGGGCCGUUACCGUGGUGAUAGAGAAGCCCAGCUUCCUGAAGCUCAUCAAGGGGGACAAGGCCGCCACCACCACCUCUUCCCGUCGCUCGGAAAACGAGUCUGCUCUCUGAUCGGCCGGCUGAAUUUCUGCAGAAACAACACACACAUUCACAGCCUCGACCCGGAGUUGCUGCGCUCCAAGUGUCUGCAGCAAACCAGUCAACUUGCUGUGGGACCAGUAUCAACACCAGACCAGUGCAUCAAAAUGAAAACACCGCUGGUCCCAGUCAAUCAGUCAAAUUCCUUCCACUUGAGCCUGCAUGGACAUUUUUUUGUUCCAACAGAGACAUCCAGGAGUGAGUGAUUUGUUGAUCAUGGUUUUAAGGCGAUUUGCGUCCAUCUCUCAGGGCCCACAGGAGACACUGAGCAGCCUCCAUGACAGGAACCUUCUACACACACACAUCUCCUCACUGUGGAUUCACUACAACUGGAUGAAAAGCUGAAAAAAACCCUGCUGAUGAACAUUAGUCCUUGAGGCUGCAAUCAAUUUAAAAAAGAAAAAAAAAUGCUGAAAACCCGGUCUUCCUGACUGCAGAGUUCAUUUGAUCCAAUCUCUACUUUGUGAUGCUGGAGCUGAUUUGUUUGUCCUGGCGUCUCCAGCGGAGGCACCAACGUACGCGUAACAACACACUGUUACAGCACUCUGCAACAGUAGCUUUAAGACUCUAAAAACUUUUGGAUGUGACUGAGCUCAAAACCCGAGUCCUGGGGGAUUUUAUCAACCGUGAAUGCCCCAAUCCUGAUUGCAAAUGUUUUGCUUUUGCCUUCCUAUACAUGACAGGAGUGCUGAAACCUUUUAUUUAGCCAUAAAUGCAUGGCAAAUGUGAAAAUAUACCAGCUAUUAUGGUUGGAAAUAUUUAACAAGAUGUGCAAAAACGGUAAAAAAAAAAAUAGAUAAAUACAUCCUUAUCAUGGUGAAAUUCCACACACGAAAAAUCGAGAUGCAUCAUGUGCAGUAUGCAGGGCAUUACAAUCCCAAAUAUCUUUCUUUUUUUUUUUUAACUCUGACUUUACAAGGACAUUUCUGUUUGUUUUGACUAAUCACAACUAAACUAUAUGCUGCAUGUUAGACGAGCAGAACAAAAGAUAAACCAAACUUUCUUUGAUUUUCAUAAAUUCUGCUAGCACAAUGUUUGUCACUAACUGCACGUUUUGCUGCAAAAUGAGUGAUGCAGGGAUCAGUGAGACGACACAUUUAUUUGAAAUUUCUUCAGAGGCUUUUCCAGUUUGGAGUUUCAUUUGUCGUAGGACUUCCAGUAAAAGUAAAAUAAAACUCUUAUGGUGUUGAGAUUUAGCAGCAGUUUUAUGCUUGUUGUUUAGGCUUCACUACAGGGUUGUGGUCCUAUUUUGUGGUUUUUCCACUUAAAUGGGCCAAGCGUAAUCAAUAAAGAGAAGAAGAACAGAGUACUUUAUAGGGUUAGAGGAGGUUAGAGAAGGGGAAGGAGAUUUUUUUUUUUACUCUCUGAGAAAAUAGUUUUUUGUGAAAUAUCCUGAUUGUUGCUGAGAAUUUGAUGAACAGAAUGACGCAAGUCACCAAACUGGGAGACAGUUGGGUGUGUGGAUGUGGGCAAGUUUGGGCUACAUGAUGACACAUUUUGCUGCAUUUGAUACGUGUGGUUACCUUUUAAUUUGGAUGAAAACCAGUCCUGGUUCGGUUUCAGCAUUUAACGACUUAAAUUAGCAGACUUGGAUCAACUUUGAAAUACCAUUCAUAGUUUACCGGGGCCAAAUCUCUUGGAUUAGGGGCCUUGAUGGGGCCACGCUGUUCUUUCCACUUCUAGUUCUUGGUUUUUUCUUCUCAAAGAUUGUUGAGUAGUUUUUUAGUGGUCCUACAAACCCAGACAGUUUGUAACUUAAUGAAGCAGUCCGCUGAGAGAGCUGCAACUUUAAGGGAGCAGAAUAAAACAGCCAUGGCUGCAUCUGCAGGACAAGCAGCAGUGUGAUGGUGAACGAUGAAGUGAAACUGCUGAGUUUAGCUUUACAUACUGUAGCCCUGCCGACAUCCAGACACAGUGGAAAGAAUAGAACAUGUUUAAAAAGUAGGGGAUAUACAUAGAUUUUAAUGAAAAAUAAUCUCCUAUAAGCGCUUCCACUGCAAAAACUCAAAAUCUUACCAGGAAUAUUUGUCUUAUUUCUAGUUAAAAUGUCAAAUUUUUUGUAAAAAAAAAAUCUCAUUACACUUAAAACAACAGUCAUUAACAGAAAAAUAACUUAUUUGACAAUUUUCACCUGUUUCAAGUAAAUUUUCACUUGAAAUAAGUAGACAAAUCUGCCAGUGGGACAAGAUGUAUCUUCUCAUUACAAGCAAAAAAAUCUUUUUCUACUUAGUUUAAGUGAAAAUCUACUUGAAACAGGUGAAAAUUGUUGUUUGUUCCAGUGAUGAGUCUUGUUUUAAGUGUAAUGAGAUUUCUUUUGACUAAAAAUGAGACAUUUUAACUAGAAAUAAGACAAAUAUUCUUGUUAAGAUUUUUGAGUUUCUGCAGUGAUAUUGAUUUUAAAUGUACUGAGAUAAAGUCAAAUUAUCUUCAUCUUUUAGCAUCUUUCUUUGGCUAAUAAUCCUACUUGAAAGGUUAUGUGUGUUUGUUAUUCUAAUCUUUUCUUGCAAUAAUGGGCCAGUUAAUCAGCCAUGAUGGGGACUUAGUGAGGUUUGUUCUGGCGGUCAGGGUUGAUGGUUGUUUCCAGUGUGAGGUCCUUUUCCCCGUCUGCACAUAUUUAAGUCUGUUUUAGAUGAAACAUGCAGCUUGGGCUGAUUACAACGCUAAAAGAACAUUUUAUCGAAGUGUGCAAAAAUGUUUUGUUGGGAAACUUGCUUUAAGCUUUUAGAAGUCAAUUCACCCAGCGAGGUGAGUUCACGGCCUGGUUUUCACUGAUUACAUUCUCUCCGUGUUUUCAGGUACAUUCAGUGAGUCCUAGAGCAGAGCAGAGAGUGUGUUAUAAUAUUUUUCUUCCCGGGAUGAUCCUGCUCUGGCUUUAAUGCUGACGCAAAGGCAAUGACAGCGGUGUGGAAGUUCAGUCUGCAGACUUUUGGAUAUUCUCUUUAACCUCAAGGGCAAUGGCAUGGUCAGGUUUAAAAUUAUAGACAUUUUACAGUAAAAAGACAAGCAGGAAGGUGGAAAAAAACCCACAAAAGAGCAACAGGUUUUGCAUAUGACGACAGCAAUGUGCAUAUGUCGAACACCAAAGUAUGACUGUACAAAAUGCUUGAGCUCCUUUCUUUGUUGUUCCAAUAGGUCAGGGAUAUAUUUUCAAUGCAUGACUGGAUGUCUGUGUCUUUUUGUUUGACUUUAAACGUGUGAAAACAUGUGCUUUUUAAACCGAAGCGUUGCACUUGGUCUGGGUCAGUAUGCGCGAAUAGAAGCAUGUGAGUUCUCUAACAUUUUUGCACAAGAUCAGACAGCAUUUGUCACGUCGCUUUGCAAGACAACACACAGGUGAAUGGGAGCUGUUACAGCUGUUGACAUGUGUUAGGAUAUUGGAUGUGCUUCCAGUGGGGUCUUUGACCCAAGUCAAGCUCGGCAGAGCGUAGAACCGUCGCUCCGCAAAUACUUGAAGAGCAAUGUGAGUGUUUCUGCACCAACUCAGAGAGAAAGUCUUUGAUUUGUGAGUUUUAUUUUUUUUUUUUUUUAAUGCCCGAAGCCUCUUUUCUGAAUGUUCAGACAGCGCAGCUCCACGUUGGCACGCUGGGGGAUUUUCUGUUCUUAAUCUUUGAUUUCAUCUUAAAAGGUUUAUUUUUAAAAAGCCAAUGAAUGUGAGUUGAUUUCUGUUGAAAUCAUCUUUACUUCGAUGUCCGUCAAGCCACAGCGGGCAUCCUGACGUUGCACACAACUUGCACAUGGUUUAAGUUUAAAAAAGCAAACAAAACAACAACAAAAAAAACAGACUUGCAUUGCUAAAGACAGAAGGAAAGAAAUAAUUGGAUAUUUAUUUUUUUGAGAUUACGUGCCUGUAAAGGGCAAUUUUCACUUUGUUUCUAAACGAGUGGAGUAAAGAUAUUCUAUAUGCUGUUACAGAAGUGAACUGGAGUGUGCGUGUGCGUGUGCGUGUGCGUGUGCGUGUGCGUGUGCGUGUGCGUGUGCGUGUGCGUGUGCGUGUGUGUGUGUGUGUGUGUGUGUGUGUGUGUUCGUGUGCAUGUGUGUGUGUAAGUGUGUGUGUGUGUGUGUGUGUACAGUUAUCUCACAGCUGUUCACAUGCAAAGUAAAAGGUGUGUGUGUGUGUGUGUGUGUGUGUUAAAACCAUCAUCUCAGCGUUCACUUCUCUGGUUCUUGUUCUCUGUUCUUUGCAAUCACCUGGUUUACACUUAACUCUGGAAAUGUCGGCUACAAUACCGGAGGUUUAUUUACAGAUCUUUUUGUCUCUGUUUUCAUGUAGAAAAAAAAAAAUGUCUUGAUUUUUCUUUGCAUUUUAAUUUUGGGCAGAGCCACUCACGAGAGUAUGGCCUUUGCACUUUUUAGAGGCGGUCGUGUUGGCUGUACCGUCCCGAUCAGUGAGAGGAAAAACAUGAACGUGGACGACGUUUUCUUAUUUCCAAUCAGAACCGGUCGGUAGAAGCAGCACGGCGACUAUGCAGUUAGUCCAAUCUGUCUGAACUUUGCGUGCGCGGCUCUGCCUCAAGUGCUCUGUGUUCAUGGUAGAGGAGAGAGAUGCCUAUGUACUUUGAUUUCAAUAGAGAUUCAAUCAAAAAGAAUAUUUAAAGAAUGGGAAAGUAAAUAUACAGUGUACUAUAUUAAAAAAAUGCCUUGUUUAUUGAAAAAAUAUGUAAAUAUACAUAUAUGUCUUUUAGUUCCUUAUUUUAUGCUGCUAUAAAAAAAUGAUUAUUUUUUUAGUAGUUUUGUUUUCUAUAUAAAGUCUGUGUGUAUGUGUGCGUGUAUAUAUACAUAUAUAUAUGUAUGUAUAGAUACAUAUAUACAUGUGUGUGUAUGUAUAUGUGUAUAUAUAUAUAUAUGUGUGUAUAUAU